ACUCCACUUUCUACUAAGCUACUACCUCACUCCCUCUUCUUUCUUUCUUCUCCGUGUUCUCUCCUCCCACCGACGAAACUAAACCAAAAAAAAAAAAAAAAACUCUUAUUUUUAUCUUUUUGCACAACGCUUCUUUAAUUCUCUCUCUUCUGAUCUGAUUGUGAACGAUUCCAUACACUGUAAACAAUAACAAAUCGAAGUAUUUGUGUAAUUGCUUUCUCUUUCUAGGGUUUGGUUGUAGGAGGAAUAGAUAGCAGGAAGGUUCUACAAUGGCGAGGCAUGUAGUGUCGGUUAUCACCUUCAAACUCCUCGCUUCUUCGAUCGCCGUCGUUGUUACUAUUUUUUUCACACUUUCGCUUUUCUUCACUGAAAAUCCUCAGCAUUCGUCUAUUGCCACCUCUGGUUACAGUCCUCAGUUACUUGGUGGCGGAUCUUUUCGGAGGUCAGUGCUAGCACUGAAAUCAGAUCCUUUGAAGUCACGGGUUGAUCAGAUCAAAAAACAAGCCGAUGAUCACCGAAAUCUUGUUCUGGCGUAUGCAUCAUAUGCUAGGAAACUAAAACUUGAGAACUCUAAGAUGUUGCGAAUCUUUGCUGAUCUUUCUCGGAACUAUACGGAUCUCCUUAACAAGCCUACUUAUCGAGCUUUAUUUGAGUCUGAUGCUCUCUCAAUAGAUGAAUAUAUGCUACGACAGUUCGAGAAGGAAGUGAAGGAGCGAAUUAAGAUGACUAGGCAAGUGAUUGUGGAAGCUAAAGAGUCUUUUGAUAAUCAGCUUAAGAUUCAGAAGCUUAAGGACACAAUUUUUGGGUUGAAUGAGCAGUUAACCAAGGCUAAGAAACAAGGGGCAUUUUCAAGCUUGAUUGCUGCAAAGUCCAUACCGAAAAGCUUGCACUGCUUGUCUAUGAGGCUGAUGGAGGAGCGUGUUUUGCAGCCAGAGAAGUAUUCUGAUGAGGGCAAAGCUCCAAUCCCUGAGUUGGAAGACCCUAACCUUUAUCAUUAUGCAAUAUUUUCGGAUAAUGUAGUUGCAGCUUCUGUGGUGUUGAAUUCUGCAGUGAAGAAUGCUAAGGACCCUACCAAACAUGUGUUUCAUGUUGUGACAGACAGGAUGAAUUUGGGGGCAAUGCAGGUUAUGAUGAAGAUGAAGGACUAUAGUGGAGCACACAUUGAGGUGAAGGCAUAUGAGGAUUACACAUUCUUAAAUUCAUCUUAUGUGCCGGUUUUAAAACAGCUUGAGUCUGCAAACUUGCAGAAAUUUUAUUUUGAGAAUAAGCUUGAGAAUGCAACAAAGGAUACUAAUAACAUGAAGUUUAGGAACCCAAAGUACUUGUCCAUGUUAAACCAUUUGAGGUUUUAUUUGCCUGAAAUGUAUCCGAAACUGCAUCGGAUUCUGUUUUUGGAUGAUGAUAUUGUUGUGCAGAAGGAUUUGACUGGGCUAUGGGAGAUAGAUAUGGAUGGGAAAGUAAAUGGAGCAGUUGAAACAUGCUUUGGGUCAUUUCAUAGAUAUGCGCAGUACAUGAACUUCUCACAUCCCCUGAUCAAGGAGAAGUUCAAUCCAAAAGCAUGUGCGUGGGCAUAUGGUAUGAACUUCUUUGAUCUGGAUGCGUGGAGAAAGGAAGGUUGCACUGAGCAAUACCACUACUGGCAGAACAUGAAUGAAAACCGAACAUUAUGGAAACUUGGGACCCUACCCCCAGGUCUGAUCACUUUCUAUUCAACAACAAAACCACUCGAUAAAUCAUGGCAUGUUCUUGGUCUCGGUUACAAUCCAAGCAUAAGCUGGGAUGAAAUUCGUAAUGCUGCUGUUGUGCACUUCAAUGGAAACAUGAAGCCUUGGCUCGACAUUGCCAUGGGCCAAUUUAAACCACUUUGGACAAAGUAUGUCGAUAAUGAGAAUGAGUAUGUCCAGGGUUGCAACUUUGCUCUCUAAGCUUGAAUCUCUUUUAAAUUUUCACUGAAAAUCUGUCCUCUACUUGGUCAACUUUAUAAGAUCCCUCUUCAUCAUUCCACUCAAUUUGAUGAUUUAGCUACCUCGAUCUACAAUUUAGGAAAUUUUUUGGUCAAUUUAGGAUUCUGUCCAAAUAGCAUUCUAAGUUGAGUUUAAUUAUUUGUGACUCCCAUUUAAGGCUACGUGAAAAUUUGUUCAUGUAUAAGUUGACAGGACUAGUUGCCACACCACUAAAUGUAUAUGUUGCUCAACUAAAUAUUGUUGGUAUAAAUUUCCUGCCUCAUAUAUUCAUUUUCUUA